AAAAAAAAGAAGAGCGGUCGGUCUUGAGGAGCUCUCCUCCUUCGAUGCUUCAGAUCAGCUGCUGGAAUCGCAAUGUCCAAACCGAAGUUCCAGACGGAGUGGGAGGAAAUCGACGAGGAAUAUCAACAACUGCAGGAAACUCACAAGAUAUACAGACAAAAACUCGAGGAGCUCACCAAUCUUCAGUCAACAUGCAGCAGCGCCAUCAGCAAACAGAGAAAAUGCCUAAAAGACCUGAGGCACAGUUUGACCAGAGGUGCAAAAACAUGUGACGAGAAAGACCUGGAACUGAUAACGGACAUCAGAACGCAAAUCAAAGAGAAAGAGAAUUUCUUCUUUGAUAUGGAAGCUUAUUUGCCAAAGAGGAACGGGCUGUACCUGAAUUUGGUCCUGGGCAAUGUGAACGUAACGCUUCUCAGCAACCAGGCAAAAUUUGCCUACAAAGACGAGUAUGAGAAGUUCAAGCUUUACAUGACAAUAAUCCUGAUGUUUGGAGCCAUAACCUGCCUCUUCUUUCUCAACUGUCGUGUCACUGAUGAAAUCUUCAACUUUUUGCUGGUGUGGUACUACUGCACAUUGACCAUAAGGGAAAGCAUCCUCAUGAGCAAUGGCUCCAGGAUCAAGGGCUGGUGGGUGUCUCACCAUUAUGUGUCCACCUUUCUGUCGGGUGUAAUGCUUACCUGGCCAGAGGGGCCCAUGUAUCAGAUGUUCAGAAGCCAGUUUCUUGCUUUCUCCAUCUAUCAGAGCUUCGUUCAGUUCCUGCAGUAUUACUACCAGAGCGGCUGCUUGUACCGGCUGCGAGCACUGGGAGAGAGGAAUCAGCUGGACCUCACAGUGGAGGGAUUUCAGUCCUGGAUGUGGAGAGGCCUCACUUUUCUUUUGCCAUUCCUCUUUUUUGGUCAUUUUUGGCAGCUUUACAACUCAGUGACCCUGUUUCGCUUGGCAUUACAUGAGGACUGUAAGGAGUGGCAGGUAUUUAUGCUGGCGCUGACAUUUCUCGUCCUGUUCCUGGGAAAUUUUCUCACCACGGUUAAAGUCGUCCACCAAAAAGUUCAGAAAAACCAGGAAAAUGUGCAAAAAAAUGACUGAGACAUUGCGCUCCACAAGACACCUCAUAUCCUUCCAACGGCCAGUAAUUUUUGAAGUAACGCACACAAUCGGUAGUGAGACUGAAGCUCUUGGUCGAUUAAAGUGGCGGCGGCCCGCCAGAGUGUCUGGGGAACCGGCUCUUUCUUUCCAAUGACUUGUUGUUUAUGUCGCUGCUCAGGCGGUCUCAACACAAAGCGUUGUUCACCUUUUUCUAUAGAGGAACAGGCUUGUUGCUAUAUAUCCUGUGCAUAUGAAGUGGGUGGAAGAGUGUAUUUUUAUUUGGGUGUUUGUGUCAGUGCAUGAAUGAGAGCCUUUGUUCAAAUUGUAUGCAACACGUGAAAGGAGGUAGGUAGCAUCAGUAGGACAGAUGUGUGACAAAUUAAAGGAUAAAUAAUGUGUUUAAGAAAGGUGUUGGGCAAACCCAGAACAGCUUCAGUGUGGCUUGGCAUUGGUUCUCUGAAAUCUCCUGGACGGAUGAAACACCAUUCCUCCUAACCAUAUUCCUUCAUGAUGGUUCUGGAGAGAGCUGCUCAAAAUCCCCCCUAGGUGUUCAACUGGGUUGAGAUCUGGUGACUGCAAAGGCCAUAGCAUCAUUUUCAUACUCAAAUCGUUCAGUGGAUCUUUCGUGACGUGGGGGAGGGGGGGCAUUGCCAUCCUAUUUCUCAACUCCUUUUCCCGGUUUCGCCUUAAAUUUGUCACCCGUCUGUAAAUUGCCUUUUUGAAGACUUAACGUCUGUCAUGCACAUACUUCAUACUUCUGUGAAGUAGUAAGAGUCAAACUGUCCCUGGCACCAACAAAUGUGGACAUGUUCAAUUUGGCACUGCGCUUCAUUUGUGGAAUUUCCUAACUUUUGUUAUGUAUGGUUCUCAACUGCCCAUUGUCUAUUUCACUGCAACGUUUUUUUACCAAACAGGUUCAAAUUUUUUUUAAAAACUACACAAAAACUGAUACUUGACCAUCAGGUAACCUAAGUUACCUUAAUUUUCUUUUCUUUUUUGUGUCUGGAGUCAGUGGAUUUUUGUAGUUGUCAUUCUUCCCUAGAGCGAGUCAGGACGACAAGGGAUUGCAACACUUUUUUUCCCUUAAGGCAUUGUUGCAAAAGUUGCCUCAACUUGAUUUUCUGGCUAAGUCACGCACAUAAAGACGUCCUGUCACUCAAAAUAACAGGGACGUUUUCUUGUGAACUCUUUCCCUAGCAGUUACACCUUUAUGUUCUCAAUAGUAUUACGCUAACAGAUUGUAAUAUGUACAUAGGUUUAUUAUGUUCCACUAAUGGUCUAAAUUUUCACCUAGAGGAAAAGCUUCUUUUUUUUUCACAGAGCACUACAUUUGGAAGAAAUGUUCACGUUCAGAGUAACACUUGAAAUCCACGUGCAGUUUUUUGGAUUUGUCAUUUCUGUGCUGCUAUGGUUCCCGUUUUGUUCUGUGAUGUUGCAGAAAUGUUUUCUGAUCAAACGCUGCUAUUUGCACUGGUACUGUACAAUACAUGAUGACUAAUGUGCUGAAUUUUUUUCCCCUCAUUUCAAUUAACAAACUAAAUUAAAUAUUUAUGAUAAUUACAUCUAUGGCCGGUUCUGGGGCUUUUGCGCUCCUGCACAGUAGUUUUUGUCAGGUUCACAUUUCAUUUUUGUUUUUCAGGGGGUUGGGUGGGUUCAAGUGAUCAGCUGUAGUGGUGUCAGGGUCUCUGUUGCCUUAUUCUCCCUCCAGCCCGUCACAGAAGGAAAAAAAACCUGCUCUUCUGUUUUGAAAAUCCAAAGAUGGUGGCAACACAUUUGUCUUUUUUUUCCCACCCUCCACAACACAGUCAUACUCCUGAAUCGAAUCAACAUAUUUUUUUGUGUCACUUUUAUUGAAUUUAAUAGAAAAUGGAAGCAUGUUAAGUUACAGACCAAAAUGUUACAUGUAACGCGUGAGCUGCCAGGAUGCACAAAACAAUAAAGACUUCCAUGUUUUUAACGAUGUAGCUGAUGAUAAACGAUGUACUUCAUCAAUCCUCUCAAGACUAACUGGUGCCUGAAUAUGAUCAGUAACAAGAGACGGUUGACAAUUUCUGUGUAUGUUGUUGUAGAGACAAAUUAAAUGCCUAAUUUGAAAAACAAAA